CGGGAGAGUUUGGUCAUCUCCGGCGCCUUAAGGGGCGGUUCCCAUCGUUCUUGGGAGCCGUAGAGCUCUCUAUACAGCCGGCACUAUGGGUUUCGGAGACCUGAAAACUCCCGCUGGCCUCCAGGUGCUCAACGAUUACCUGGCCGACAAAAGCUACAUCGAGGGGUAUGUGCCAUCACAAGCAGAUGUGGCAGUAUUUGAAGCAGUGUCCAGCCCACCACCUGCCGAUUUGUACCACGCUCUACGUUGGUACAAUCACAUCAAAUCUUAUGAAAAGGAAAAGGCCAGCCUACCAGGCGUGAAGAAAGCUUUGGGCAAAUAUGGCCCUGCUAAUGUGGAAGAUACCACAGGAAGUGGAGCUACAGACAGUAAAGAUGAUGAUGACAUUGAUCUCUUUGGAUCUGAUGAUGAGGAGGAAAGUGAGGAAGCGAAGAGGCUAAGAGAAGAACGCCUUGCACAGUACGAGUCAAAGAAGGCCAAAAAACCUGCACUUGUUGCCAAGUCUUCCAUCUUACUAGAUGUGAAACCUUGGGAUGAUGAGACAGACAUGGCAAAAUUGGAAGAGUGUGUUAGAAGCAUUCAAGCAGACGGCUUGGUCUGGGGCUCUUCUAAGCUAGUUCCAGUGGGAUACGGAAUUAAAAAACUUCAGAUACAGUGUGUAGUUGAAGAUGAUAAAGUUGGCACAGACAUGCUGGAGGAACAGAUUACUGCUUUUGAAGACUAUGUGCAGUCCAUGGAUGUGGCUGCUUUCAACAAGAUCUGAAGUCUGUCCUGGAUCCUUGCACUUAAAUAAAAGCUUGAAAGA